AUGUGUUUCACCCAGUAUCUCUCUUUUGCAAAUGACACUAAGGGCUACGAGAGGCAAUGGAAUGGUUUCUCACAUACCACAUUGUCACAAGAAACAUCGUUGCGGGAGACGAAAGGAAAAUGUUUUUCAUUCUACCACUGGUUUGACUGCAUAUCGAGACCUGCGUUCGCACCGGACCCCAGCAAGGACGAGAUGAUAUUCACAGGUAGCAAUAGGGAUUCCUUCACAGUCGGGGGGAGUUCGCUGUACUACCGUGGUCUUUUUGUUUCAGUCUGCCUGAAAAGCUGCGUGAGGGGUGGAUAUGCAUUUGACGGGGUGUUAGUAUCCAAUAUCCGCGCUGAAGGCUUGGCAAUCAGUGAGAAGGUCACCGGAACCUAUGCAAGGUAUAGAAAACCCACCCUUGGCAGCGGCGCGCCAGUCUCACGAUCUAUCGGGUGGGGUUUCUAUGUCGCAGGAAAUCCAUUCGUGAGCACUCAAUUUCAAAGUAAUUACUUAGCCACUUUACUGGUCUGUUGGGAACUGGUAGAGAUCGCAUUUUCAGUAAGGGCUCCGUUAAAAACUACCCACGGAGUUAACGAUACCGACAACUUACACGGUAGAUUCUGA